UGAAUGUUUACUGCCUCAUUCACUGCAAACCGAUGUUGGGUUGUUGUUGACAAGAUGGAGUUUUUACUAGGGAAUCCAUACAGUACUCCGGUGGGACAGUGCAUUGAAAAGGCCACAGAUGGCUCCUUACAAAGUGAAGACUGGACUUUGAAUAUGGAGAUAUGUGACAUCAUCAAUGAAACAGAAGAUGGACCUAAGGAUGCCAUAAGGGCUGUGAAAAAGAGACUUAAUGGAAAUAAGAAUUAUAGGGAAGUGAUGUUGACUCUGACGGUUCUUGAGACGUGUGUGAAAAACUGCGGCUAUCGCUUCCAUGCCCUCGUCACCACCCGGGACUUUAUUGACGGUGUUCUGGUGAAGGUCAUUUCACCUAAAAACAACCCCCCUGCUAUAGUGCAAGACAAAGUGCUUGCUCUUAUACAGGCUUGGGCAGAUGCUUUCAGGAGUAGUCCAGAUUUGACGGGCGUAGUCCACGUCUAUGAGGAAAUGAAAAGGAAAGGCAUAGAGUUCCCAAGGUCAGAUAUGGAGACCUUAUCACCUAUCCACACACCACAGCGGUUACAGACCGCUCCAGAGGCGGAUCAUAAGUACAAUGCUCCAGCUCAGCCUAAACCCCAGCCCCAGCCUGGCACUGUUCCAGCUUACUCUGCUCCCCUGGCACACACGUCCCCACAGGUCCCAAAUCUGCACAUGUCUGGACCAAUUAACCCAACCCCAGAACAGAUUUGCAGGCUGCGCAGUGAGCUGGACAUUGUACGUGGGAACACUAAGGUGAUGUCCGAGAUGUUAACAGAAAUGGUGCCCGGCCAGGAGGACCCAUCUGACCAUGAGCUUCUGCAGGAGCUGAACAGGACCUGCAGGGCUAUGCAGCAGAGGAUAGUGGAGCUCAUUUCCCGUGUGUCCAAUGAGGAGGUCACAGAGGAGCUGCUGCACGUCAAUGACGACCUCAACAACAUCUUCUUGCGAUAUGAAAGAUAUGAAAGGUUCCGAUCUGGCCGAACUGCUCAAGGUGUCAAUAACGGGGUCCUGAGUGAAGCUACUGAAGAUAACCUGAUUGACCUGGGCCCGGGGUCUCCAGCGGUGGUCAGUCCCAGAGUCAAUGCCACCCCUCCCUCCAGCCUGCCUGCUUCUGUAGCUCCUGCCCGAUCAGCUUCACCUGCUACACUGUCCUCUAGACUGGCCGGCCUGGAUAUGGGUGCUGACAGUGUCAGCGGCACCCUGAGUUCACUAAGCAGCUGUCAGCCACAAGACGACUUCGACAUGUUCGCCCAGACCAGAACCGGCACCAUGUCUGACCAGCGGAAGAAUGCACCAUUCGAAGACACUCAGGCAGCAAGUGGAGCAGCUCCUACUCUUGACGUUAAGCAAAAUAGCACUGCAGGGGACGCUCAUGUCCAGUCCUCUGUCAUGGAUGACAUUGAGGAAUGGCUCUGUACUGAUGUGAAAGGUGAUGAAGGAGAAGAAGGUGUGACGAGUGAAGAAUUUGAUAAGUUCCUGGAGGAGCGGGCCAAAGCUGCAGAGAUGGUCCCCGUCCUCCCAUCGCCCCCUACUGGAGACCCUGCCACCACAACUGCAGGCUCAGCAGUUAGUGCUGGGAAAAAAGCUGAGGACACGCUGUUUGCUAUGUAACAGGGGUCUUUAACACCCCUCAGCAAUGUCUCAGCGGUGCUCAGCCUCCUCCGUGUGUGUGGUAAGUGGGCAGUCGUGCAGACCCAGCGGCCCCUUGUCUCUCUCUGUCUCUCCUCUGCUUCCUGCAUUACUACACAGUCGACUACGGCGGCUGCCUACUAUGCAGUUUGUAUCCUCGGACGUAACCCGGCUGAAUUGUGCGAAGGGAUCCUGAAGACAGACAUUUUCAUAUUGAACAUUUUCAUACACUACAUGGUUUUCAUGUCCUUGAAUUCAAACCCCGUCCUGUGGAAAAAAAGAAAAAUGCUUUACAUUAGCAUGGAAGGUCAUUGUCAUGUUUUAAGAACGUAUUCAAGCACAUGGCACAAGCUUACCACUUACCAUAUACCACCAUCCUCUGUUAUGCAUGCAGCAAUCAGCAGUUCCCAGUUUAGCAGUUUAGCCAGUCUAUAACUGUUUUUUUCUGGUCUCUGGAUUAUUUGAAAGAAGUUACAGAGGCUGUUGUUUUCCCCUAAGAUACUGGUAUCUUCAUCUAAAAGAAGUGAAGAAUAGCCUCUUUUUGUCUCUUACCAACUAGCUGCUGAUAGUGCAAAUCUUCAAACUGUUCUCAGUUAACAGCAGACAAGCGAUCAGCUGAUUCUUUAAGCUGUGUGCAUCUUAGACGUUGUUCUGUACCUGAAGGCUCUAGUACCACAGGUAUUUGUGACACUGUGGUGGUUUAAUAAGUUUCAUAGUUUUGUUCCAGAAGGGAUUUAUUUGUGUUUUUCCUUUUCAGUGGAAAUUAUAUGAUUUCAGCUACUAAUUUGAGGGAAAAAGUUUAGAAAUAGUGAUAAUAGUUCAUUUAAAUAGUUAAUUUGGUUCAUUUGGCUCAAGCUACCUGAACACUGUGCUGUGCUUUUGGUUUACCUCACUAAAGAAGGAAAGAAAAGUGGCAAGUGCAGAAAGACGGACGUUCAGCAGACUUUAAAUGCUAUAAAUGCUAUAAAAGUUAUGGAGUGGUGUCUGACAGGAAAGCUCAUUUCCUCAUUUUACUUAUAAAAGCUGUUUGAGUAAUCACAAAGGGAUAGAACAUUUAAUAUGUAUAUUUUAGUAUAAAUUGCACUGCUGGCCUUUUAGGCUGUGGGGGAAAAAAAAAAAAAAAAACUAACGAGAGCUUUUGUUCAAAUGCAAAUGGUAGCUGCCGUUCAUUUUAAAUGCUGCCUGUCACAAGAGAGCCGUAUUUCCGAGUAAAUAGAGUUCAUUGCAACCUGAUGGUGACUGGGAGGCAGUUUAAAUUGGAUUUCUUCUGUACACAACUACCGUAGAAAUGAUGUCAAGCUCACUCGGGUUGUUGCUUGGGAAUGAAAUGGGUCUGCCUUAAUGAACAGAAGUCCUUUAGUUAGAGGAGGCAAAGGUGGCUCUCGUUUAUUUCUAGUGUUCGGUACUCUCAUGUUUGCACAUCUUUGAACUUUGAUCCGUGUGUUGAAUGUGCUCCUCUUAAUGUCAUUUUAGUGCUUUUCCGGUGUGUGACUUGCGUGUGUGGCGUGUGUUGGGUACACACACUGUUUUAGUGGACCAAGUGAACAAUCUUUAGUAUUUUGUUUAAUGACCAAGACAAUACAGUACAUAAGUUAUAAAUAGAGUAGAGAAUGAAUGAGUGGCCUGAAUGGUCACUGAUGUUUUCAAAUUCUUAUAUAUUCAUAUUCUUCAUCAAAGGGAUUGUGUGCUCUUAAUAUAAGUUGAUGAUAUUAAUUUAAUGAUCCGUCUGUGGCAGUUUGGCACAUAGCUGGAGUGUGCUGAUAACCUGUAGUCCUUCAGGCAUGGUGGUUGGAUUUCUUUAAUGUUUUUUUUUUUGUUUUUUUUGUGGUUUCUCCUUACCCAUUCGCAUAGAUAUUGGUUUCUAAACCUGGAUGCCUGAAUUUGGAAAAAUGCUGUUGAACCAAGGGAAAAUGAAUGAAUUCAGCAGGAACGGGAUGUACUGAGGUUUUUGUCUGAAUGUUUUGAAUGGUGUUUAUGUAUGUUUGUGUUUGUAGCAUUUUAUUGGCCAGUGAGUUGAAGGGAAUUCUAUAGAAAGGGAGGAAAUUGGCCAAUCUGUGCUUCGCCCCCACACGUUUCUUUUUUUUUCAGCUGUAUUGGACAUGUUUUACAGAAAAAUUAAAGAAUUAGCCUAUAUAGGAUAUUUGGGAUAUAUGUUGGUUAUUUUGCUCUUGUACAUAUAUUUGAUGAUUUGGACGAGAAGUCAUUCAAAAAACUAGACACUACGACAAGAUCCAGCCGGAUUAGCAUUACAGAAAAAUACUGUAGAAAAUGUAUUUUUAUGGGGAUGUUUUUAUGUUAUUAAUUAUGAAUCCCCUAUAAUAAAAAAAUAGUCUACUUCAGCUUUAUAUUGUACAUCCCAAGCAAAAAUCCCAUUUCAACUUAUAAAUGUUUAAGUUUAAAGAGGUUAAAUUCUAAAAUUCUAAAUUUUGGACAAAUCAGUUUGUCAUCAGGUUAAAUUGAGUUCUGUAAAAUUUGCUCAACAGUUGUCACAAAUGAACUUAUGCUUCAACAACGUUUUACACUACACAUGAAUGGAAUGAACUAAUUUGUUGAAAAAAAAAUACUGUCAAUGUCAUUUUACUGAGCUGAAUCAAUUCUUUGUAAACAUUCUGACUUGUAUAAAUGACAAUUUAUGUUUUUCAUGUGUCUCAAUCCUGUACUACCACACUGAAAUGACAAAUAUCAUGGCAUAUGAGAAUAGCAUUGCAUCCCAUAACUUUCGCCAUGUCCCGUGGAAGCUUCCAUUGGGAUAUAAGUGUUGAUCCUCCUGCAUUGAACACGGAUGUCAUUAUCCCCUGUGGGUGGUAAUAGCUUCUAUGAGGAUCCAGCAAUGUUAAAUGCCUUCUGGCACCCACUAUCAGGUCUUGCUCAAACUCUGAUCAUUCACCUUUUUUUCUUUGCCAUAAACACAAGAUAAUACCUCACAUAAUAUAGAUGUGUGGGGGUUCUCAAGCCGUCCUCUGAGGUAACACUUUAAGAUCAAUUUACAUUCUGUUAUCCCAUCAAUUUUUACAUGUCAGUUUAUUACCAUACAUAUUAAAGCGGGACUUUGAUUUCUUAUUAGUUCAUUUAAAGUCAGUUAACUGGUUACAUUGCAAAAUAAUGUUAAAUGAACUUAAAAUUAAGUACGUUAGUAAGUCUGUGACUAAAUUAAAUAAAGUGCAAUUUACUUUACUGCUAGAAUACUUUAUUCAUCAACACUUUUCAGUCUCUUUUGCACAGUUAGAGGAUGCUGACAGUCUGCUAACGGAUGAUGUAUUGUUUUAUGAACGUAGCGGCACUAAUGCAGCUUAUUAAAUAAAUACAAUCUCCGUCAGAUAAUUUUUUUGAUUUGAUGAAACACUCACCUGCUUCUGCUCUACAUAAUUUAUGUUUUCUGUUUGAAACUAGUUGGGACUGUACAAAAUGCUGUUUAAUCCACGUCUGAAGAAUUUGCGAGAUGAUUUAGAUUUUUGUUGGUUUAAUUUCUUUCAGUAUUGGGGCUGUAUUGAAUGCGAUGAUGAUGAUGAUGAUUUUGUUUCACAGUUUUCAGGUUUGUGUGUGUUGAUUGUUGUGAGGUUUUAUUUGUUUUGCCUUGUGAACAGUUUAGAUGCUCUAUCAUCUUACGUCUCUUUAGGUACGACUAUCAGUUCUAGUCUGAACACAGUUCAUUAAUCUUAUUGGUAAAAAAAACAAAAAAAAAACUCACAUUUGCCUGAAGUGAUCACUAGUAGUGGUCAGCAGUACUGUUUUCUCCCCAGCAUGGGAUAAGUGUAGAUGAUUUUCUUCAGAAAUAACCUAAAAAAAUAUAUUACGUUACUCUCUGCAUUUCCAUGUGUUUAUAGAAUCUGCACUUUUCUUUGAUUGGAUACUGUAUGUGUUUGGAGUUCAGUGUGUGGAUUGUACGUGUGUGAACAAAUUUUCCGUUAUUCAACUGCUGCAGAAAACACCUUUAUUUGUUUGAAGAGAAAGCAGGACGAGCGAAGGUGUGGAGAGUGCACCGUGUGUGAAAGUGUGUGUGUGGGGGAGGGAGGGGGGUUGCAGGGCAUGGAUAAGCUGUACUCUGUUGGCCACUGAUCAGUGCUGCUGUUGGUGGUGGUUGCUGCAGGUUGUACUGAUGUGCUGGUCUGUGUGCUUACCUGUUGUUAUACCUCAAGUUGCACUCUGUACUGUUUGAUUCAUGCAUGUGUUAAUCUCCAAUAAAGCCAACCAAGCUGGUGA